CGCGAUCGCGUUGACAGGUCCCGCUCUCUUUGUUAUCACAUGGACGAGUCAGUGGCAGUGCACGCUCGCUUUGCUCGCGCGACUCGACGCGGCGAUCAUUUCCUUAUAUAGCAAAACGGAGCAUACCGGUGAGAGAAAUUCACAUUAUCAUGAGCGCGACUAUUACCCAGGAGGCCUACGACGAGGAGAUUAAAGAGCUAAUGGAGGGCCUCGGUAUGACUGAAGAAGAGGCGAUUGAGGACGCUAUCAAAUGCUUCGAAAUGAAGGGAGUAGAUCUGAGCAAGAUCGUCACAGAUUCAGUUCUUGAGGACAAAUAUAAGCAGAUAGUAAUGUGUUUGGAGCGACUAACGUGCGCUGUAAACGACAAAAGUUACGAACGCGUGCCGGAGACGUUGCAAGAACUGCGAACAGAGUUGGACAAAGAUAUCUCACAUAGGGUUUUUGCGGGCAAACGUAAAUGUUACAACAUUCUGAUCGAUCUCCUGAAAGAUUGCCAGAAGAACCAAGCGAUAUUGAAAUUGACGCUGGAGACAAUCACCUCGCUAAUGUCCGGCUAUCCGGAUUUGUUGGAUGACGAAGGGAUUGCAUUACAGAUAGAGAUUUUAGAGAAGCAUUAUGAUACAGCAACGUUACAAUGCCUGCUAUGUUGGAUACGAGAGUGUUGUAUAAAGCAUGAAUUGAACAGACAAAAAAUCUUUGAAACGAAUAUCUUCGAGAAACUGAAAAAGAUACUGGUGCGCACAGAUGUGGACGCACAAGAGGUCAAGGAUGCAUGUUCGGUAAUUAGAGCUUUGGUCCUGGACGAUGAUAUUAGGCAUGAAUACGGAAAGGCACACGAACAUGCAAGUAUCAUGGCAAAGGGUGCUCUAGAUGUCAUCACGGGAUUGUUAAACAGAUUUAAAAAGGAUACGAAGGUAAUAGGCGACCUAAUGAUCACAUUGGCUGCAUUGGUCGUCCGAAAUGAAUUCUGUCAAGAAGUAGAGGAUGCCGGCGGAUUAAAAUUUAUUUUGGAUAUAAUGACCGAAUAUCCAGAUUCCGAAAAAUUGAAUUGGCAAGCUUUGAAAUUGCUCAAAGCACUCGGUGGCAAUGACAACGUGAAGUCUCAUAUCAUCACUUCCGGAUGUGCUCCUUUAAUCGUAUCCUCUAUUAGUAGAAUGAAAAGAUCGGAAAACGUCGUAGCUGCGGGAUUGAGUUGCAUAUCGGCAUUAUCUUUACGAAGCACUUCAAAUUCUGGUGUAUUCUACGAUUGCGGCGCAGCUCAAGUAAUUGUAGAUGCUAUGAAGGCUUAUCCUAAUCAUGUAAAUAUUUUAAAGCAAGCCUCCUGGGCAAUUAGAAACAUGUCAGUGCGAAACAAAUCCGAGUCUAAGGAGUUUUUGAUGUACGGCGUUGAGGAAAUACUACGAGAUGCGGUACGUUUACACGGUCCUAAAUUAGAGGAUAAUGUGAAAGCCGCAUUAAGAGAUCUGGGUCUGAAAGUAGAUUUAAAAGAAAGAUGGACGGGAAAGGGCGUCAGUCUAAGCAAUGAGCGUUAUUAAUCACUGAUGGCAACAUCGUCAUCAAAAUAGUAUCUGUAUUAUUUACCACAAGUACAUUUAUCCUUUGGAUCUUGUACUUUGCUUUAUCUCACCUCGCAAAGCUACGCAUUAUUUCAUAAGAAUUUUUGCUAAAUAUUUUUGUGCGCAACAUAAUAGAAGGAUACAAAAUAUGGAUUUUUUAAAAUUUAAUACUGUUUUAUUUUAUAAUUCUACGCAUAUUUUAUAAAAUUUAAACAACAUAGCUGAUUGAAGUUUAUUUGAGACAAAAUGCAAACUUUUAAUAUUUUAUAUUUAUCAUCACUUAUAAUAAAAAUUUGUCGUGCAUUAGAUAGGAUAUUUAGAAAUUUUCAAUAGUGCCUGAAAUUUAUACAUAUAUAUAAAUUUUGAAGUUUAUGUAUAUACUUUUAACAAACACUGCCAGAAAAUAUAUAUUUUUAUCUGGUUUUGCGGAGAGCUAAGUAUCCAUAUUUUACAACUAUUUUUAAUUGCCGUUUCAAACAAAUACAUAUACAGAACUUAUACUUAGCUUUAUCGUGGAACAUGUAGAUAAUUAUUCGAUUAAACUAAAUUAUUUUUAUGUAUGUAUAAUUUUUUAAAUUUAAACAUUUGUAGUUAUAAUGAAUAAAAUUUUAUAUUGUAUUUGAAAAAUAAGAAACCGGUAAUUACUAAUUAAAAUGAAAGACUCUUAGUGCAACUUGGGAUAUUUAACUAAUAAAGCUUGCCAAACUUAAAAAAGACAUACACUAACGAUUGAAUAAUGGUGGUAUUUAUACGUAGUUAAAUAUAUCAAUUGUUUUUUUUAUAAAUUGUUUUUAUAUACAGUAAGAAAUUUUACAUUAUUGUAACAGAAUGGAACAAGGAAUAAAAGUUAAUUUUGAACUAUA